AUGACGCUACUCCGCUCCCCUGGCUUUUGUCCCAAAGAAAACAGCACCCAUGGAGGUAAAGUCUGUACUCACCAUUACAGCCCUGGGACUGUGGGCCUGAGCAGUGACCAGUGCGAGAAGGGAGACAUACAUCUUUCCACCAUGGCCAGCCUCCCCAAGGAGCCUCCAGAGGAUCCCAAGAAAUUAAGUUUCUGGAUGCCCGGGAAUUAUGUCCGGACCGUGCGCAGAACUGACCAGUCGUUCCAGGCCUCCAAUGAUCUGAUGGCCUGCUUUCUAGAAAGAGCCAAAGUGGAGAAACAGUACGCCCAGCAGCUGAGCCAGUGGAGCACCAAGUGGAAGACAAUCGUGGACUCCAGGCCUCUGUAUGGCUCGCUGAUGAAGGCGUGGCAGUGUUUCUUCACCUCCACCGAGCGCCUGUCUGCUCUGCACUCGUCCAUCUCCCAGGCCCUGGUGGAGGAGGAGGGGGCACGGGUCAAGAGCUGGCAGAAAGAGACCUUCCCCAAAAAGAUCUUCUGCGGCUUCAAGGAGAGCUACGAGAACAAGAGCAGCUUCUCACGCGCACAGAAGCCCUGGACCAAGAAGAUGCUCAAGCUGGAGAAGGUCCGAGAGUCCUACCACAAAGCCUGUCAGAGGGAGCUAGCCGCCAGCGACAAAGACAAGCAGGCCAACGACAACCCCGAGCUGAGUCCGGAGAAGAAACAGAAGUUCAGCGACGCCAAACUCAAGCUGACGGAGGAGAAGGAGAGGAUCAAGGAGCGCUAUGAGAAAGUGCUGGAGGAGGUCACCACCUACACGCCCCGCUACAUGGAGGAGAUGGAGGCCAUAUUCGAGCAGUCGCAGGAGGAGGAGAGGAAGAGGAUCAGCUUCUUAAAACAGGCCUUCCUCUCCAUCCACCGACACCUGGACGUCACCAACAACGAGAGUGUGAAAGCCGUGUACAGCGACCUCCACGACACGCUCAUGGCCAUCAGCGAACAGGACGACCUCAAAUGGUGGAACCACAACCACGGCCCCAGCAUGCCCACGGACUGGCCCAAGAUCCAGGAGUGGGUUCCACCUGUUAAAAAACUGAAGCGAAAGAAGAGAGACCAGACGGCAAAAGAGCGUCCGGUGAUGAUAGGAGGAGUGAAGGUGCGAGCUGUCUAUGACUACACAGGAGAAGAAGGAGACGAGCUUUCCUUUAAAGCAGGUGAAGUCUUCCUGAAGGUGGAGGAGGAGGACGACCAGGGCUGGUGUCGGGGCGUGCUCAGCGGGGGCAGGGAGGGCUUCUAUCCGGCCAAUUAUGUGGAAGCUGUGGACUGCACUACUGUAAAAGACAAAGUGAGAACCUGUCGAGCAACAUACAGCACAGCUCUCACCGCUCCACUCUCUGCUCCGCUUCGAAGAACAUCAAUGGAAUUUGCGAGUGGAUUUGUUUAUGUGCUGCCUCCACAAGGUGCCUUUAAAAGAUCAGCUCUGCUGCCCCCACAGAAGUGUGUCCGUCCUCGCACACCGCCUCCCCCUCCUCCCACCCACAGCAGACACACGUCCUCAGCCUCCAAGGCCCCGGAGCAGCUCCCGGCGCCCAAGGGGAAGAAGGAAACAGCCACAACUUUCUAUGAAAAUGCCACAUUACACUGUAAAGCUCUUUCUGCCUGUGCACCGUCUCCAACGACAACGAAGAGGACAGCCCUCUUGCCCCCGCACAUGCGCUCCUCUGAGCCUAAGCCUCGUGCUGCUUCAUACAGUGAACCCUGGAGCCCCAACAGUCAGUAUGACACCCCUGUCCCUGAGCCCGACAUCAGGAGCUCGCCCUGGGACCCCAACUACUCCUACAACAUCCCCGAGAGCAGUGACAGCAGCGGCCUGUAUGAGACCCAGCCUCCAGGCAGACCCAGCAUCACGUCCACUCCAACUCUCCCUCCUCGACCUGUGAACUUGCAGCCGAUGCCUGAGUAUUUGAUGGUUCUACCGUCACAGUCGUCUCCAUCAAAACCAACUCCGCCUGUGGAAAAAAGCACCAAAGGUCUCGACAAAGGACCUCUUCCUGGAAACCCCAACGUUGUCCUUGUGAGUGCAGGAAAGCUCCUCUCUGAAGAAGGAGUGCGGCUCAUUCAGGGAGAGCCAGUGUCCUGCUCCAGGUGCGGCUCGGUGCUGGACUCCAUCUACGCCAAUGUGGUGGAGGUGUGUUACUUCUGUAAGGACAAGCACACGAAUGUCCCCAUAAGUGUCCCGGAGCAGCCGCAGGAUAUCCUGUUUUCACUCAGCCCAGAGCCAACACCUCAGCCGGACCCCCUCCUCCUCUUCUGCAUCGACACCUCUGGCUCCAUGUCCAUCACCUCACAGGUCACUGAGCAGGAUGCAACCGUCCACAGAUCUCGACUGGAGUUUGCCCAGAAUGCAGUUCUUCACUGUGUACAGAGACUGAGCGAACAACAGCCCAGCACAAGAGUGGGGCUUAUCACCUUUAACUACAAAGUCACGCUGCACGGAUAUGAGAAUUAUCCGACUCAGUAUCUGAGCAGCGACGAGUUGAUUGACAAGGAAUCUCUGAAACUUGCGGCUGCGGAUUUCCCGAGUCCACCUCCGAUCUGCAGCAACAAGGAGUGGCUCCAGAGACAAGUCAUGGGGUUAAAGGAAAGUGGAACCACGGCUCUAGGUCCAGCUGCGCUCCUCACCAUCGCCAUCGCGUCCAGACACCGAGGGUCCAAGGUGAUCAUUUGCACUGAUGGAAAGGCCAACACUGAACUGGGAAACCUGGAGGAAGAGGACAUUGACGCCCGGACGCUCCUCUCCUCCACCAUCUUCUACCAGGAGCUGGGGGAACUGGCCGCUAACCAGGGGGUGACGGUGUCGGUGUUGUCCAUCGAGGGAACAGACUGCAGACUGGAUGAACUGGGAAGACUCGCGGACCGAACCGGAGGCAAAGUCGUCAUUGCGAGCCCCGACAGGCUGCACGAGGAGUUUGAAGAGAUCAUUGAGAACAGAACCAUAGCCACACACUGCACGGUGUUGUUCCUGCUGCCCAAAUCCCUACGCGUGAAAGGGGAGAGAGAAGCAAGUCACCGAGGAAUCAGGGAAGUGGGGAAUGUUGAUCCAGAAAAGGAGAUCACGUUUCAGUUUGAAGCAAGUCAUCAGGGAGAAAUUCCACCUCCAGUCUCCGGCUCCACUGUCUAUGUGCAGCUCCAGGUCAGAUACACUGAAAAAAACGGCCAGAGAAGACUACGUGUGAUAACUGCUCCCAGAGAGGUUACCAGUGACAGCUCGGCGGUGCUCUCUACUCUCACUCUGGGAAUCCUUCAGCUCAACUCGUCUCAAGCCACCGCUGCUCUGGCCGUGCGCGGACGCUUCGUGGACGCCAUGAAGGAGGCGACGCAGCAGAGGCGGCUCAUAGAGAGGACCCUGGCCCAUAAUGCCAGUGAUGAAGACGAAAAAAAGUAUCAUGAAUGGAUAAAGACCAUGAAGACGAUCCACAACAGCUUCCACACCUUCACUCGGAAAAAAUCCGUCACUUCAGAUUCACAGUCUCUGAACGACGCUGGUGCCGCUCUGCUCUACACCAUGAAGCACAGCAACAGGAAGUCAAUCCAUAUCAACUGA